CCACUGCACCGAUAUAAGUCACACGCCUGAAAAUACAUAAACGUGUGAGCAUGACUGUGGCGGUGGCUGUGUGUACACGCAGAUGCACACUCAGUAGAAGUCUCAUGUCCGUGUAUGUGGCAUUUGUAUUCGUCUGGGCAUGAGUGUGCACGUGAGUGCGUAUAUGAGCCCUAUAUGUAUAUGCGCGCGCCUGUGUGAGCGUGGGUGCGUGUAGGUGUGAGCUGGCGGCGUGUGUGAACGGGCCACACAGCGGGAAUGUCUGUGGCUGUGUGAAGGGCGAUUCACGUCCCGCGCUGGGCAUGUGGGAGCGCGGCAUUUGUGCAGGGUGGACGUGAGUGUGUACCGGAGUGACCUUGGUGAGUGAGUCCGCAUGUGCCACAGGAGCGCUCCUGGGAGUAAGUGUGACAGGAGAUUCGCGUGUGGUAAUGAGCCUGUGUAAGUUUGUUGAGGUGGAGGGAGGACCCGCUGAUGUGGGCUCAUACGUGUGCCCAGUGAGAGUGUGUGUGUGUGUGUGUGUGUGUGUGACAAUGGGCGAGGGUGGCGCAGUCUGUCACUGCCGGGGCAGUGAGGCCCGGAGCCCAGGCUGAGCCCAGAGCACACCCGGCGAGGAAGUGUGGCCGAGGCUCCCACCUGAAGAUUGGCCCAGUCCUCAGGUUUCACUCAUGACCCUGUGACAUCAGCAGCAGCAGCUGUCCCCGCCGGCCCGGCCCCCCGGCCAAGUCCCCCAGAGUUCCAGCCCCAGCCCGAGGUGGGCACGACGCUCCGGGCUUGUCAGCGACUGCUCUGCUCCCGUCCAAUAGCUGAAGCCACACAGUUCCCGGAGUUUGAGCCCAGCAGGCAGUUGAGGGCACUGGGGCAUUGUCCCCAAGUCCCAAGGCCGAAGAGGAUCUGGUUGGUUUGCUGUCAGUCUCGAGGGCGGCCCACACCUGCCGGGGCCAGUGUGGUGUGGGGUCCGGGGUGAUGCUCUGGGCCCAGCACCUGUGCAGCAGCAGCACCUGGGCCUCGCAGGCGCAUCCCCCAGCCCCGGCAGGGCCUGCCUGCCCCCCUCCCCGCCCAGCCCCCAGGCAGGCAGGAGGUGAGGCGUGGUCAGCAGGCCCAGGGCAGGGUGGCUGCCCAGUACCCCGGGAGCUGCACGCUGCAGCUGCCCCGGCUGCCCGCCACCUUCCUGGCCCCUGAGCCCAGGAUGCGAGGAUGGCCAGACCGUCUCUGGCAACCGUGGUCCCUCUGGGCCCCGAAUGCCUGCGCCCCUUCACCCGGGAGUCCCUGGUGGCCAUAGAGCAGCGGGCGGCGGAGGAGGUGGCGCGGAAGGAGCGGAACAAGCAGAUGGAGAUUGAGGAGGCUGAACGGAAGCCGCGCAGCGACCUGGAGGCCGGCAAGAACCUGCCCCUUAUCUAUGGGGACCCCCCACCGGAGGUCAUCGGCAUCCCCCUGGAGGACCUGGACCCCUACUACAGCGACAAGAAGACCUUCAUCGUUCUCAACAAGGGCAAGGCCAUCUUCCGCUUCUCUGCCACGCCUGCCCUCUACCUGCUGAGCCCCUUCAGCCUCGUCAGGCGCGGUGCCAUCAAGGUGCUCAUCCACUCGCUGUUCAGCAUGUUCAUCAUGAUCACCAUCUUGACCAACUGUGUGUUCAUGACCAUGAGUGACCCGCCUCCCUGGUCCAAGGACGUGGAGUACACCUUCACAGGGAUCUACACCUUUGAGUCCCUCAUCAAGAUGCUGGCCCGAGGCUUCUGCAUCGAUGACUUCACAUUCCUCCGGGACCCCUGGAACUGGCUGGACUUCAGCGUCAUCAUGAUGGCGUACCUGACGGAGUUUGUGGACUUGGGCAACAUCUCAGCCCUGAGGACCUUCCGGGUGCUGCGGGCUCUGAAAACCAUCACGGUCAUCCCAGGGCUGAAGACGAUCGUGGGGGCCCUGAUCCAGUCGGUGAAAAAGCUGUCGGAUGUGAUGAUCCUCACUGUCUUCUGCCUGAGUGUCUUUGCCCUGGUGGGGCUGCAGCUCUUCAUGGGGAACCUGCGGCACAAGUGUGUGCGCUGGCCACCGCCCUUCAACGACACCAACACCACAUGGUACGGCAACGACACGUGGUACAGCAAUGACACGUGGUACAGCAAUGACACGUGGUACGGCAACGACAGCUGGGCCAGCAACUACACCUUUGACUGGGACGCCUACAUCAGUGACGAAGGGAACUUCUACUUCCUGGAGGGCUCCAACGAUGCCCUGCUCUGUGGGAACAGCAGUGACGCUGGGCACUGCCCCGAGGGUUAUGAGUGCAUCAAGGCCGGGCGGAAUCCCAACUAUGGCUACACCAGCUACGAUACCUUCAGCUGGGCCUUCCUGGCUCUCUUCCGCCUCAUGACACAGGACUAUUGGGAGAACCUCUUCCAGCUGACCCUUCGAGCAGCCGGCAAGACCUACAUGAUCUUCUUCGUGGUCAUCAUUUUCCUGGGCUCCUUCUACCUCAUCAAUCUGAUCCUGGCCGUGGUGGCCAUGGCCUACGCCGAGCAGAACGAGGCCACCCUGGCGGAGGAUCAGGAGAAAGAGGAGGAGUUUCAGCAGAUGCUCGAGAAAUUCAAGAAGCACCAGGAGGAGCUGGAGAAGGCCAAGGCCGCCCAGGCUCUGGAAGGUGGGGAGGCAGAUGGGGACCCAGCCCAUGGCUGCAAUGGCAGCCUGGACGCAUCGCCUGGGGAGAAGGGAGCCCCGAGGCCGAGCGGCAGUGCAGACAGCGCCAUCUCGGAUGCUAUGGAAGAGCUGGAAGAGGCCCACCAGAAGUGCCCACCAUGGUGGUACAAGUGUGCCCACAAACUGCUCAUAUGGAACUGUUGCAUUCCAUGGGUGAAGUUCAAGAACAUCGUCCACCUGAUUGUCAUGGACCCCUUCGUGGACCUGGGCAUCACCAUCUGCAUCGUGCUCAACACCCUCUUCAUGGCCAUGGAACAUUAUCCCAUGACAGAGCAGUUUGACAACGUGCUCACUGUGGGCAACCUGGUCUUCACAGGCAUCUUCACAGCAGAGAUGGUGCUGAAGCUGAUCGCCAUGGACCCCUACGAGUACUUCCAGCAGGGCUGGAACGUCUUCGACAGUAUCAUCGUCACCCUCAGCCUGGUGGAGCUGGGCCUGGCCAACGUGCAGGGGCUGUCCGUGCUCCGCUCCUUCCGUCUGCUGCGGGUCUUCAAGCUGGCCAAGUCGUGGCCGACGCUGAACAUGCUCAUCAAGAUCAUUGGCAACUCGGUGGGGGCGCUGGGCAACCUGACGCUGGUGCUGGCCAUCAUCGUGUUCAUCUUCGCGGUGGUGGGCAUGCAGCUGUUCGGCAAGAGCUACAAGGAGUGCGUGUGCAAGAUCGCCUCCGACUGCAGCCUGCCGCGCUGGCACAUGCACGAUUUCUUCCACUCCUUCCUCAUCGUCUUCCGCAUCCUGUGUGGGGAGUGGAUCGAGACCAUGUGGGACUGCAUGGAGGUGGCCGGCCAGCCCUUGUGCCUCACCGUCUUCCUCAUGGUCAUGGUCAUCGGCAACCUGGUGGUCCUGAACCUGUUCCUGGCUCUGCUGCUGAGCUCCUUCAGCGCUGACAGCCUGGCGGCCUCGGACGAGGACGGCGAGAUGAACAACCUGCAGAUCGCCAUCGGGCGCAUCAAGUGGGGCAUCGGCUUCGCCAAGGCCUUCCUGCUGGGCUUGCUGCACGGCAAGCUCCUGAGCCCCAGGGACAUAAUGCUCAGCCUCGGGAAGCCCGGGGACGCCGAGGAGGCCGGAGAGGCCGGGGAGAGCGCCCCCGAGGACGAGAAGAAGGAGCUGCCACCUGAGGAGGACCUGAAGAAGGACAAUCACAUCCUGAACCACGUGGGCCUGGUGGACGGCCCUCCCUCCAGCAUCGAGCUGGACCACCUCAACUUCAUCAACAACCCCUACCUGACCAUACAGGUGCCUAUCGCCUCCGAGGAGUCCGACCUGGAGAUGCCCACGGAGGAGGAAACCGACACUUUCUCGGAGCCUGAGGACAGCAAGAAGCCGCUGCAGCCCCUCUACGAUGGCAACUCCUCCGUCUGCAGCACGGCGGACUACAAGCCCCCCGAGGAGGACCCUGAGGAGCAGGCAGAGGAGAACCCCGAGGGGGAGGAGCCCGAGGAGUGCUUCACUGAGGCCUGUGUGCAGCGCUACCCCUGCCUCUACGUGGACAUCUCCCAGGGCCGCGGGAAGAAGUGGUGGACCCUGCGCAGGGCCUGCUUCAAGAUCGUCGAGCACAACUGGUUCGAGACCUUCAUUGUCUUCAUGAUCCUGCUCAGCAGUGGGGCCCUGGCCUUCGAGGACAUCUACAUCGAGCAGCGGCGAGUCAUCCGCACCAUCCUAGAGUACGCCGACAAGGUCUUCACCUACAUCUUCAUCCUGGAGAUGCUGCUCAAGUGGGUGGCCUACGGCUUCAAGGUGUACUUCACCAACGCCUGGUGCUGGCUCGACUUCCUCAUCGUGGACGUCUCCAUCAUCAGCCUGGUGGCCAACUGGCUGGGCUACUCGGAGCUGGGACCCAUCAAAUCCCUGCGGACACUUCGGGCCCUGCGGCCCCUGAGGGCGCUGUCCCGAUUCGAGGGCAUGAGGGUGGUGGUGAACGCCCUCCUGGGCGCCAUCCCCUCCAUCAUGAACGUGCUGCUCGUCUGCCUCAUCUUCUGGCUCAUCUUCAGCAUCAUGGGUGUGAACUUGUUUGCCGGCAAGUUCUACUACUGCAUGAACACCACCACCUCCGAGCGGUUUGACAUCUCCGAGGUCAACAACAAGUCCGAGUGCGAGAGCCUCAUGCACACGGGCCAGGUCCGCUGGCUCAACGUCAAGGUCAACUAUGACAACGUGGGUCUGGGCUACCUCUCCCUCCUGCAGGUGGCCACGUUCAAGGGUUGGAUGGACAUCAUGUAUGCAGCCGUGGACUCGCGGGAGCAGGAGGAGCAGCCACAGUAUGAGGUGAAUAUCUACAUGUACCUCUACUUCGUCAUCUUCAUCAUCUUCGGAUCCUUCUUCACCCUCAACCUCUUCAUCGGCGUCAUCAUUGACAACUUCAACCAGCAGAAGAAGAAGUUUGGAGGGAAAGACAUCUUCAUGACAGAGGAACAGAAGAAAUACUAUAACGCCAUGAAGAAGCUUGGCUCCAAGAAGCCGCAGAAGCCAAUUCCCCGGCCCCAGAACAAGAUCCAGGGCAUGGUGUAUGACUUCGUGACGAAGCAGGUGUUUGACAUCACCAUCAUGAUCCUCAUCUGCCUCAACAUGGUCACCAUGAUGGUAGAGACGGACGACCAGAGCCAGCUCAAGGUGGACAUCUUGUACAACAUCAACAUGGUCUUCAUCAUCGUCUUCACGGGCGAGUGUGUGCUCAAGAUGUUCGCCCUGCGGCAGUACUACUUCACCGUCGGCUGGAACAUCUUCGACUUUGUGGUUGUCAUCUUGUCCAUUGUGGGCCUCGCGCUCUCCGACCUGAUCCAGAAAUACUUCGUGUCGCCCACGCUGUUCCGUGUGAUCCGCCUGGCGCGGAUUGGGCGUGUCCUGCGGCUGAUCCGCGGGGCCAAGGGCAUCCGGACGCUGCUGUUUGCCCUCAUGAUGUCGCUGCCUGCCCUCUUCAACAUCGGCCUCCUCCUCUUCCUGGUCAUGUUCAUCUACUCCAUCUUCGGCAUGUCCAACUUUGCCUACGUCAAGAAGGAGUCGGGCAUCGAUGACAUGUUCAACUUUGAGACCUUUGGCAACAGCAUCAUCUGCCUCUUCGAGAUCACCACGUCAGCCGGCUGGGACGGGCUCCUCAACCCCAUCCUCAACAGCGGGCCCCCCGACUGUGACCCCACCCUGGAGAACCCAGGCACCAGCGUCAAGGGGGACUGCGGCAACCCCUCCAUCGGCAUCUGCUUCUUCUGCAGCUACAUCAUCAUCUCCUUCCUCAUCGUGGUCAACAUGUACAUUGCCAUCAUCCUGGAGAACUUCAACGUGGCCACCGAGGAGAGCAGUGAGCCCCUGGGCGAGGACGACUUCGAGAUGUUCUAUGAGACGUGGGAGAAGUUCGACCCCGACGCCACCCAGUUCAUCGCCUACAGCCUCCUCUCUGACUUCGUGGACACCCUGCAGGAGCCGCUGAGGAUCGCCAAGCCCAACAAGAUCAAGCUCAUCACACUGGACCUGCCCAUGGUGCCGGGGGACAAGAUCCACUGCCUGGACAUCCUCUUCGCCCUGACCAAAGAGGUCCUGGGUGACUCUGGGGAAAUGGACGCCCUCAAGCAGACCAUGGAGGAGAAGUUCAUGGCGGCCAACCCCUCCAAGGUCUCCUACGAGCCCAUCACCACCACCCUGAAGAGGAAGCAGGAGGAGGUGUGCGCCAUCAAGAUCCAGAGGGCCUACCGCCGGCACCUGCUGCAGCGCUCUGUGAAGCAGGCGUCCUACAUGUACCGCCACAGCCAGGACGGCAAUGGUGACGGGGCCCCUGAGAAGGAGGGGCUGAUCGCCAGCACUAUGAACAAGAUGUAUGGCCGUGAGAACGGGAACGGGAACAGAAGUGUGCACAGCGAGGGGGACAAGGGCUUGGCUGGGGACGCUGUACCUGCCUUGGGGCUCACGCCGGUCAGCCCCUCAGAUGCCGCCCUGCCUCCGUCCCCACCACCGGGGCAGACGGUGCGCCCAGGGGUCAAGGAGUCUCUUGUCUAGCAGGCAGCGUCAAGAUGGCCAGCUGAGCCUUGGCACAGCCCCCACAGCUCCCCCGGGGUGCCCUCACGCUGAGUGAGGGAGCAGGGCUUUGAGUCUGAGACUGCAUCCAGCUCUCUCAUGGGGACAGGAUUUGGCCACACUGGGGCCAAGGGAGAUGGGGAUGCGCUCGGGGCUCCAUGCUGGGCCUGAGGCCUCUGCCUCCGUGAUCUCACCUCAAGUUGCUCUUACCUCCUCUCGGGCCCUGCCGCCCCUGCCUUCGGCCUGGGGGAGGUCAGAGCAUCAGAAUCUCUGCCCCCACUUGGGGAGGAGCUGGCCUGCAAGGGAGGGAUUGGCUGCCCUCCUGUCACCAGAGUCUUAAGGGCUACUGGCCUCUCCCCAGGAAGUGACUCAGGCCUCUCACCCCUAGCCCAGACAAAGAUGUCUUAACCUCGGUGAGUGCAGACGCCUGACCCCAGGGCACUGCCGCCCGACUCUGGGCUGCAGCUUCACCUGCCAGCUCAGGAAUCCCCCGGAAAAAGGAAAUGUGACCGACAGAAAUCGCUCCACAAGCCUACCUGGCCACGGGAUCCUGAUGCAUCAGGCUGGGAUAGCGACUCCAGAAACCUGCUCCCGGGGCCAUGGCCAGGCCCACGGCUCCCCUGGCUGGCCCCUAGGGGAGGAGCAGAAGGAAGGAUUCCACUUGGGAGUGUCCUUUUCUAGGAAGCAUGGAUGGGCGGUACAGGCUGGGUCCUGCCAGCUGGAUCACUGCACUUGGCCUGAGCACUGCGACCUGGGGUGGGGCCGGGGACCCUGGUGCUCAGGAAGAGUCUCAUCCCUUCCCUCUCUCCCUCCCUCGUUCCCCCAUGAGCACCACCAGGGCUCCUCGUGGCCUCACCAAGCCUCAGAGAUCUCUCCGUCCUCAGCUCUCCCCAUACCCAUCUCUUCCUCCGUCCUCAUCCUCCCGCACCUCUCCUCAAAGUGACCCUAAGGUUGUGAGAGAUGUCAACGCUGGAGCAUGCAGCAGGGAACACUCACCUGGCUCAGGCUCAACCUUCCAACUCCCUGCUGCCUGGAAAGCAUUUCUGCCACACGUCUGAUCUGGGCGUGGCAGUGACAGGCCUCUGCUGGCUCCUGGAGAACAGAGGCCGAGCUUGGAGGAAGGGGAAGAAACCUGGUCAGGGGUCACUGGGUGUAUUCACUUGUGUGUCUGUGUGUAUAGCUGUGCGUGUGAACCACUGCGUGCUGGUGCCUGCGUAUGCGUGUGUGUCUAGGUAUCUUUGUGUAUACGUGUGUCAGUGUGCCCUGGAGUGUCUGAAAGUCUGUGGGAGAGCAGCUGUGUGUGUGUGUGUGUGUGAGACUUCUGUGCAGGCCUGUUCAUGGGCGUGUGCCUGUAUGCGGGAGAGUGGGCCUGUGCUGUGAGUGUGUGGACGAGUGUGAACACGCGGUAAGGCUUGCACUUGGAGUCCCCUGUGGGCCUAAGUUCCUCUUCUUUGUCUUCUUGUUUCUCGUGAACAAUUUUAUUAAAAUUCAGGAAGCAGCAGAACCUUCAAAACAAGAUAUGUGUGUGCGCUUGUGUGUUCGUGUCUGUGUGCACCCACGUGCAUGCCUGUGGGCCAGAGUCUUCCGUGGUGCCCGCCCUGCUCUCCCACCCGCUCCUGUCCUGCCUGGGCGUCCCUCUCUCUUAUCCCUCACGAGCACCUCUCUUCGCCUUCCUGUUUCUCGUGCUCACGCUGAUGGCCUCGGCCGUGCUCCCCAUCUCCCACCUGCGUUUCCUCUAUGGAAGGAGCCUCCUCCUGCCACCACUCCUGCGGUGACUCUGUCUCUUCCUUCAGAAGGCGCACCCAGUGGGGGCCAACCUCCGCCUGCCCCCCCCCGCCCUCUGCCUUUCCCUCCCGGAGCCCGACGGCCAUGGUCCCCAGAGCCUCAGUGAUCUCUUAGAGUGGAUUUUCCCCACGGACUGUGUGCAGAUUGCAGAGGAAGAGCGAUGAGCAGGGUCAGCCUCCCCCUGCCUGCGGCCCCCUCCCCUGCAGACCCCUCGCCAGGCCGGCAGACGGGUUCCUUUGUACAGUUCUUACAAUAAA